CGCAGGGGCUGCCUCCCGCCCCUCGGCGGGCCCGGCCGCGCUCCGCAGUGACGCGAGUUGGCGGCGCCGGGCCGAGCCGAGCCGAGCCGUGCCGUGCCGGGCUACCUGGGGCCGUUGGGGCCCUUCUCUCCGCGGCCAUGUUCCCCUCGGCUCCCGCCUCCCCGCGGACCCCCGUCGGGCAGGCCCGCAGGAACCUCGGCAGCGCCGCGCCCAGCCCCCUGUCCCGGGCGGGCGGCAGGAAGGGCCUGACCGUGGCGGCGGCCGCCGUCUCCCCCGGGCUCUUCUCUCCGGUGGCGCGGAGGAGCGGCUCCAUCUCCGCGCGAGCAACUCCCACCAGAGUUAUACAGCACCCCUCAGCAAGCGAAACUAUUAACUAUGAUGUUAAGGCUUUUGGAUCCUCUCUGCCUGUUAAGGUGAUGGAAGCCCUGAAAAAGGCUGAUGCUGAUGACCAGCUGAGCGUUCAAGUGGAUGAAAGUGGAUGGGCCUGGCUGGUCCAUAGAGAGAAGCUGAUAAUUUGGAAGAUUGGUCAGUCUCCGGUUGCGAAGUUAUCUCUGUGUAAGGAACUUCAGCUGCCACCCAGUGACUUCCAGUGGAGUUCCAGUUUAGCAGCUAUAUCUUGUCUCAGUUCCUCAGGUGAAGCGCCUUCUCUGCAGUCUCUGGCAAUCAUGGUUGCUACCAGCGAAGGUUCUGUGCGCUACUGGCCCAACCUUGCACACGAAGGUUCCUAUACGGAGACAUUCACAGACUUUGGAGGCUCCCUCUGCAGUUUCCUAACAGCAGUGAAGGGAGGAAGCUUUAUUUUAUCAUCUUCCAGAGGCCAGCUAGUUCGAUUGAUUCCAGAUAGUUCUGGCAAGAUUCAUCAGCAUGCCCUGCCACAGGGUCAGGGCAUGUUUUCUGGAAUUGGCCGAAAGGUUUCUUCUCUUCUGGGAAUAUUGUCACCUGGAAAUGAUGCUGUGAUUUCUAGUGUUCUUUGGGAUAAAGAGAGAUCAAGUUUUUAUAUGCUAACGAGUUCAAAUCUAAACAAAUGGGAGAUUGAGGAUACAUCAGAACGUUACAUUCUCAGCUGGGAUGUCAACAGAAUCCUCAAGGAACACAUUUCAGAUGCAAUUUGGGGUUCUGAAAGUAACUAUGAAGAUAUUAAAGGAGGAGUAAAUAUACAGUAUAUGGAUUUGCAGCAGAAUCGUGAUGGGCUGGUGAUACUUGCUGCAGCAUGGCAUCCCGGAGAUCAUCCAUGUCUUGUUUACUACACUCUGAUAACGGUAGAAGAUAAAGGCUACCAGAUGUCUGAUGAUGUUGUUGUGGAAGUCACACAGUAUAAUCCAUCUUUUCAGUCAGAAGAGGAAGUGAUGUGCUGUCUGGUAGUCCCAGAUUUCUUUAGCCAUGCCGCUUACCUUUAUAAGGAUGAUGAAGUGUUUGCUUGUUCCACCGGAACUGGAAGAAUUUCUUUGCCACAGGAGAAAAUUGUAUUUGGCAUUCAAGGAGAUAGCAUUUUAGGAGCAGGUUCCUGUACAAGCCUCCCCAUUUUCUUUGCCAAAAAAAGUGGACUCGUCACUAUCUUGUCCAGAGAAAAUAUUUCCGUGCUUCCUGAAGACCUUGAAGAUUCUCUGUCCUCUUCUAUUGCUGGACCAAGAAGUGAGAGUCCUGCGUUUGAUGUAACCAAUAGGCUUGAAAUCGUAGCUCAAGAAGAUAAGACGAAAUUACUGAAAGCUGCUUUUCUCCAGUACUGCAGGAAAGAUAUAGUCAAUGCACAAAGCAUGGUAGUGGAACUCUUUCCAAGCAGUGCAGAUUUGGAUUCUGAUGCUGAACUGGAUAGGGCAGUGACUCAGAUCAGUGUGGACUUAAUGGAUGAUUACCCUGCCUCUGAUCCACGGUGGGCUGAAUCUGUACCUGAAGAAGCAGCUGGUUUCAGCAACACAUCCCUCAUUCUUCUUCAUCAGUUAGAGGAUAAGACAAAAGCUCAUUCCUUCUUCAUUGAGUUUCUUCAUCAGGUUGGCAUAUUUGAACGACUGGGCAGUUUUCCAGUCAGAGGGAUGCCAAUGGCAACUCGAUUGUUGCUCUGUGAGCAUGCAGAAAAACUAGCAGCAGCUAUUGUUCUCAAGAAUCAUCACGCCAGGCUGCCUGAUUUAGUGAAUGCUGCUAUUCUGAUUGCCUUAAACAAAAGGGAGUGCGACAUUCCACCAAGUCUUACCCCUGCAGAUGUUUUCUUUCGAGAGGUGUCCCAGAUAGAUUCCAUCUUUGAAUGCUUGCUAGAAGAGGAGGAGCAAAUCUUGAAAGAUACGCAUAUUGAAUCAGUUGAGUGGGCCCAGAUAGUUGUCAAUGUGAACAACAUCAUUAAGGAUAUGCUGCAAGCUGCCUGCCAGUAUCGUCAAUCUAGAGCCUCUUUAUAUAAAACAGGAGAGCUUCCAGAAAGAGAACCUGAAUAUAUUCCAUGGACAGCGUCUAGCAGCCUACGUUCAGCAAUAACACGCCAGCAUGGGAUCAUUCUGAAGAUGGUGUAUCCUCAGGUGGACAGUAACUUACGUAGCAUUGUGGCUGAACAGUUGGUGGCACUGCUGGAUUGUUUUCUAGAUGGCUAUGUUUCUCAGCUGAAAUCUGUGGACCGACCUGCUGAUCAAGAGAGAUACAGCAAUUUGGAAAUGGAGUAUGUGCAGAAAAGAUCAGAACUCUUGUCUCCUCUCCUUUCCCUGGGACAGUAUCAGAUGGCAGCUGCUUUAGCAGAGAAGUACUGUGACUUUGAUAUCCUGGUGCAAAUGUGUGAGCAGACAGACAACCAGGCCAGAUUACAACGUUAUAUGAGUCAGUUUGCAGAUCAGAAUUUUUCAGAUUUCCUGUUUCGCUGGUAUUUAGAAAAAGGGAAGCGAGGGAAGCUGUUAUCCCAGCCUAUUGCUCAGCAUGGACAGCUGGCCAGUUUUUUGCAAGCACAUGAACAUCUGAGUUGGUUACACGAAAUCAAUAGUCAGGAUUUGCAAAAGGCUCACAGAACGUUGCAGACUUUAGCAAACAUGGAGACCAGGUAUUUUGCAAAGAAGAAAACACUUCUUGGCUUGAGCAAAUUAGCUGCACUGGCAUCUGACUUCUCAGAAGAAAUACUGCAAGAAAAAAUAGAAGAAAUAUCGGAACAGGAACGCUUUCUGUUACAUCAGGAGACGCUCCCUGAACAGUUACUGUUAGAGAAACAGUUGAACCUCAAUGAUAUGCCAGUGCUGUCUGCAUCUCAGCUCAUUGAUAUGUACAUAUGUGAUGAGAACAGAAGGGCCAACGAGUAUGACUUCAAGAAAGCACUUGAUCUACUGGAAUAUAUUGAUGAGGAAGAGGAAGUGGAUGUAAAUGAUCUGAAACUUAAAAUUCUCUGCAUGGCUCUCCGAAGAGAUGGAUGGUCCAGCUCAGAAGGUAGAGAUGAUCCAAUUGAAGCAUCUAAAGAUAGUAUAUUUGUGAAAAUAUUACAAAAACUAUUGAAAGAAGGAGUUCAGCUAAGUGAAUAUUUACCAGAGGUGAAGGACUUCCUGCAAGCAAAUGAACUUGACCACUUGAAAAAUAAUCCUUACUUCGCGUUUGUGUUAAAGGCAAACUAUGAACUCUACAUUCAGGGGCAAGCAUGAUGAUUGACACUUUUAAAAAUAUUUUUUUCUAAAGUCCUGUUGAAUUCAUGUCUACUUUUUUUUACAUUCUGUUAUUUUCCUAAAACUUUGUAAUAAAGGCUAUGGAGAGUAAUA